CUUCAUCCAAACCACAACUAGUAUUAUUGUAGAUUGAUUAUAUGAUGAAAGACUGGGCAGCUCCUAUAAUAGCAUCGGCCCUGUUUGCGUUUCUUUCGCCGGGAUUGUUGUUUCAGAUACCGGGAAAGAGUCGACCGGUUAAUUUCUUGAAUAUGAAAACAAGUAUGGCUGCUAUUCUUCUCCACACACUAAUCUAUGCCUUGUUGCUUAUUCUUUUACUUGUUAUUUUCAACUUUCAUCUUUAUCUCUACUAAACCAUGCAUUAUUAUUAUAUCCAUCUUUCAUCAAUUGUUGCUAUCGUUCUUAGAAAUAUGUCUUUCAUUUCUUUGAUGUAACAUCCGUACUCAUAAUAAUUUAUCGCUUAUUGAGUUGUCAUAUGUCAAUCGAGGAUCUAUAUAUGGCUCAUGUUUGUUUGUUCU